AUGAGCGAGCUUGAAAGGCUCACGGUGAAGCUCCGGGAUGCCAACUCCCGCAUCGACACAUUUUCGGCUACGAGCCUUCGGCAAAAAGACACGAACAUCGCUGAGUUGGAGCAACAAGUGGAGAUCCACAAGGCGACCAUCUCAGACCUCCAGCAAAAGCAAGACCUGACUACCAAGGUCCUGGCCGCGUUGUCGGCACACAUUGAACAUCUGGAGGAUGCUGGAGGCGCGGUAGAUGGGGGGGAUGCGACCUUCGCUGUCGAUCGAGGGCUAAACGAGAUCAGGGGAGAGAUGAUCGAUAUGGAGCAGAGGAUCGCGUCGGAGUACCAGGACAAGAAGGAAGUCGACGCCGUGGCCUCCAAUAUGGAGGUCAUCCUCAACACCUUCAUCGACGAUGUCAACAAAGACCUUCAAGAAGGUCAUCGUAAGACUGCCAACAUUGCCGGUCGCCUUUCUGAACUCGAACGCCGAAAGCUAGAUGAGAGGAUCGGCCAUGUAGAAGCCCUCAGCUUCGAGUUCCUCACUGCCGCAUUUGCCCAGACGAAGGGUGAUAGGGGCGAGUACGAGGAAAAGAUGGAACGACGUCGGUGGGAGAUGGACAGAUUGGCUUCGGCUCCACGAGUCCCUACUGCCGGCCCGUCGAACGCCAUGCCUACCGCUGGCCCAUCGAAAGAGGUUCCCACCUCCGCUCCAGUCCCUUCGGCAACACCUGCCCAACCUGAGGAAGUCGACACCAGCGAGGACAAGUCAGCUCGAGUCAUUGCUCCACUACCCCGACGAAAUGUGCCUCAGUCGUCGGCUGGCACGACCGAAAGGUUUGGGGGCUGGGCUGGGCUAUCGGCACCAGUCCCAUCGAUGUCCGAGUUAGAGUCCACACUAAAGGUAGCGGUUGAUAUUCUGACAGCUACUGGGGAUGACAGGUACUCCUCACAGUUCAAUGCCAAGGCUGACCAUGCGCCAAGGAGGGAGACGCCGACGAUGAAAAACGUUGGCCCAUCGUCGGAUCCCAUCACCGAAGCAGUCACUCCGAAGCCACCCAGUUCUGAGGUCAUGAACUUGGUGGAUCAGGGUGAGGACCAAGGUGACAACCAAGCUGAUUCGACCAGGGAGCCGGAAGCUGAGAAGGGUGAGCAGAGCGAGGGGGCUUGA